GCACUACCUAGCUUCUCGGGACACCCUUGUUCGAGUUGCAAGUUCAAGUUGUCCACCGCAUACGAUAUCAAUAUACCAAGGUAUGCUGUCAGGACCAGCGCGACGAAAGAAGAAAUAGGAACCAUGUCUACGUCCUGGGAGAACACCCGCAAGCAUGCUCGCGCCCUGGAAGCACGACUCGAAACCAAGCUCACUUCGUACUCGAAGCUGGCAGCUCAGAUCAGCUCUGGGUCGCCAAGACCGAGCUCGGACAAGUUGAGCGAACAGGAAGAAGGCAUCGGUGGAUACAAGCUGAUGGAGGAAGAGAUAGAGGAGCUUCUAGAAAAGCUCGGCGAAGCUAUAGACAACCUAACGGGCCUGCUGAAUUCCCCUGAUAUCCCGCCAUCGACCUCGAUGAUGCAUGCCGCUUCUCGACAUAGAGAUGUGCUAGAUGAUUAUCGACGUGAUUUCGUUCGAACACGGCAAAACGUCGAGUCUGCGAUGGCUAGAACGAAUCUCCUAGGAAGCAUCCGAAAAGACAUCAAUGCAUACAAGUCGUCAUUACCGCAACACGACCAAGGUCGGACCGAUGCGCUUUUGAACGAGCGAAGUCGUAUCGAUUCUUCCAACCGAAUGACAGACGAAAUCUUAGAACAAGCUUACGCCACUCGGGAUGAUUUCGCUCAACAAAGGACGACCAUCGCCAACAUCAACUCGCGAGUUGGAGGCAUCAUCAGUACAUUCCCUGGCAUCAACUCGCUGCUCGGUAUGAUCAACUCUCGUCGACGGAGAGAUACCGUCAUUCUCGGUACAGUCGUCGGGAUCUGCACGAUUAUUCUGCUCUGGUAUAUCGGGCUGGUAUAGAUGCUGGUUGAAGCCGUCCAUGCUUGGGUCGGGGUCCAUCGCUUGAUCGGGACAAUAACAAACAGUCCUGGGUGUCCCGAAGGUUGUAUUAUAGUUAGUCGGAAUGGCUUUUCAUCAUUAUACCACGAGCUGGCAAUUUGGUCAGUAAAAGAAAGCAGCCUCGUAAUGACACCGACGCAGUGGGAUGCCCCAAUAGACAGCCGGAUAGGAAGCGACAGGGAGUAAAAUGGCCAGAUUCAAGGGAACGUUCACUGCAGAGA